AUGCCUUCAACACCGAUAGGCAUGAUGUUGAAGUUUUUGGUUUUCGGGGUCCUUGUAGGGGUACCACUUGGUGCGGGUCCAAGAGACACUUUGAAGCUGUGGGCCUCAAACAAUGUCACUGCAAUGUACAAGACAGUGGCUGCACCUGUUUUGAUCAUACUUAGUGCAUUCAGAACUGUCACACAAGGACUUGUCCAAGUCCUAUACAACUUGUGCCCAUCAAUCUGGUCAUCUGUAUCCAAACUCCAACACAAGAUUGUUGUGGUGGAGCGCCUCAUGGACAAAGAAACACUCGAGUUCAUUUAUGGACGAGUUCACAAACUGCCUAAUGGACAAGAUAUUUGCUACCCAUUUGAACACAAGGCCAUUAUUAAUGUAGUCCUCAAUGCAACUUUCCUCACAGGUUAUGCACAAUUUGUCCUACUUAAAGGGAUGGACUCAUUCAAUAACCUUAUGGCCAUGGGUGCUUGCACUGUCCUUUGUUGUCUUCAAGAAUUCACGCCUGGAUCCCACCACUCCAUCAACUUUGCAGCAGCAAUUUUCAAGUCUUGGUACAACAAAUUUAUGGGUUUCAUCUCAAUGAUGAUUAGGGAGACAUCGCAGUUAUGGGAUAGAUGGGUGAACUUGCACACACAAAUGCUCCGUAGAGGUUGCUUGAUUGGAGGGCUUGAUGAUAUCAAUAUCUCUGUAUUAUAA